GCACCGCGCACCCGACCGCGAAGCACCAUGUCCGCAGGCGCUGCCACCUGAGCGGAGCGCCCAGCUCUCGCUACAAAACAAACGCGAACGCGAGAUUCGAACCCCCUUCAGUCGCAAGGAGCCUAGGGUGUAACCGGGAAUUAACACAGAUGUGCUAGAGGUUGUAAAAAGAAGAAGCAGCCAUGUCGUCGGUGAAGGUGGCGGUGAGGGUUCGCCCCUUCAACACGCGGGAGAUCACCCGCGAAUGCAAAUGUAUCAUCGAGAUGAGUGGAAAUACUACAGUGAUUGUAAAUCCGAAAGCCCCACCGGGCUCCAAGGAUGGCGCCAAGAGUUUCAACUUUGAUUUCUCGUACUGGUCUCACAACCCGAGUGAUCCGGAAUUCUCAUCGCAAGUCAUGGUGUACAAAGACAUCGGCGAGGAGAUGUUACAACAUGCUUUUGAUGGCUACAACAUAUGCAUAUUCGCCUACGGCCAGACGGGGGCAGGUAAAUCGUACACAAUGAUGGGUCGUGGGGAGGAUAGCCAAGAAGGAAUCAUCCCUCAGAUCUGCAAGGACCUCUUCAGGCGCAUUAAGCAGACUACAUCCGAUGACCUUAAGUAUUCUGUCGAAGUAUCCUACAUGGAGAUUUACUGCGAGCGAGUACGCGACCUGCUGAACCCUAAAAACAAAGGCAAUCUUCGUGUCCGCGAGCACCCAGCCCUUGGACCGUAUGUGGAGGACCUUAGCAAACUCGCCGUCACAUCUUACCAGGACAUUUACGACCUUAUUGAUGAAGGAAAUAAGGCCAGGACGGUGGCGGCAACCAACAUGAACGAGACUUCGUCACGCUCGCACGCUGUCUUUACGAUUUUCUUCACGCAGCAGCGUCACGAUAGAACCACCGACUUGAUGUCCGAGAAGGUAUCAAAGAUAUCACUAGUGGACUUGGCGGGAUCGGAACGCGCGGACUCCACUGGCGCAAAAGGCACGCGCCUCAAGGAAGGCGCUAACAUCAACAAGUCGCUCACAACGUUGGGAAAAGUCAUAUCUGCGCUUGCUGAAAUCUCGGCGUCAAAGAGCAAGAAGUCUAAGAAGGCAGACUUCAUACCUUACCGAGACUCCGUGCUUACUUGGCUGCUGCGAGAGAACUUGGGCGGCAACUCUAAAACAGCUAUGAUUGCUGCCAUCUCACCAGCUGAUAUUAAUUAUGACGAGACACUUAGCACGCUCAGAUACGCUGACCGCGCGAAGCAGAUAGUCUGCAAAGCUGUGGUCAACGAAGACGCGAACGCCAAACUCAUCCGCGAACUCAAGGAGGAGAUCCUCAAGCUGCGCGAACUCCUCAAGGCAGAAGGCAUCGAAGUCGCAGAAGGACCAGAUGGUAGAGUUCUUUAUGAAAAGAAAGAAACGAGAGAGGAGAACUCGUCACCCAUCCGUAAGAAGAGUGAGGCUGAAGCGCUGUCGCCGAAACUGUCGCGAGCUGCCACUACAAUCGCUGAAGAGGCAGUCGAUCAACUACAGGCUUCGGAGAAACUCAUUGCAGAACUAAACGAAACAUGGGAAGAGAAGCUCAAGCGUACCGAGCAAAUUCGAGUGCAACGCGAAGCGGUCUUCGCUGAGAUGGGGCUUGCCGUGAAAGAGGGCAUCACCGUGGGCGUCUACUCACCUAAGAAGACUCCGCAUCUUGUCAACUUGAAUGAGGACCCCAACCUGUCAGAGUGCCUCAUCUAUUACAUUAAGGACGGUAUAACGCGUGUGGGCACAUCCGAAGCUCGUGAGCCGCAGGACAUACAAUUGUGCGGCGCGCACAUUCUAUCCGAGCACUGCAUCUUCGAGAAUACGGAUGGUGUCAUCUGCCUCAUCCCGCAUCGCGAGGCUCUUGUCUAUGUCAACGGCCGUGAGGUGACAGAGCCAAUUAUACUGAAGAGUGGUUCCCGCGUGAUCUUGGGCAAGAACCACGUGUUCCGUUUCACGCACCCUGGCCAGCCGCGCGAAGAGAUUGUCAGCGACAAAGGAGACACGGAGGCUGUACCUGAUAUGACCACCUCAACAAGCAGCGCAGAUGCGGAGAACGUGGACUGGGACUUCGCGCAAUGCGAGCUGCUGGAGAAGCAAGGCAUUGACCUCAAGGUGGAGAUGCAGAAACGGCUGCUGGUCCUUGAGGAGCAGUUCCGCCGUGAGAAGGAGCACGCUGAUCAACAGUUUGAGGAACAGAGAAAGAACUAUGAAGCCCGUAUCGAUGCACUGCAGCGCCAGGUGGAAGAGCAAAGCGUCACCAUGUCCAUGUACUCCUCGUACACCCCUGAGGACUUCCAUAAUGAUGAGGACAUAUUUGUGAAUCCCCUGUUUGAGACAGAGUGUUGGUCGGCUCGCGAGCUGGGGCUGGCGGCGUGGGCGUUCCGCAAGUGGAAGUACCACCAGUUCACCUCCUUGAGGGACGACCUAUGGGGGAAUGCUAUCUUCCUAAAGGAAGCAAACGCAAUAUCAGUAGAGCUACGCAAGAAAGUGCAAUUCCAAUUCACCCUCCUCACGGACACCCCCUACUCCCCGCUCCCCGCCGAGCUGGCCCCACGCGACGACGCGGACGACGAGUACCGCCCCAGCGCCCCGACUGUUGUCGCUGUCGAGGUCACGGAUACUAAGAACGGCGCUACACAUUACUGGACUCUUGAAAAAUUACGCCACCGCCUGGAGCUGAUGCGCCAGAUUUACAACAUGAACGAGAGCGCGUACCCUGAAGACGAGGAGCCUCCUCCUCUACUGGUCCUCGCUCCUCCUCCCGCGGUGCUGGCGCAACAGCAACAGCAGGAUAUCCUGCAGUGCAUUUCGGCGUGUGCGCAACAGACGCGGCUAUCACUGGCCAAUCUGCUGCCUUCGAGACAACGCCUCGAGCUAAUGCGCGAGAUGUACCACAACGAGGCGGAGCUCUCUCCCACCUCGCCCGAUCACAACAUCGAGUCCGUCACCGGCGGAGACCCUUUCUACGAUAGAUUUCCCUGGUUCCGUCUAGUGGGAAGGAGCUUCGUAUACCUGUCGAACCUGUUGUAUCCGGUUCCGCUCAUUCACAAGGUCGCCAUCGUGAAUGAGAAAGGAGACGUGAAAGGUUACCUGCGCGUAGCUGUACAGGCUGUCAUCGACGCUGAAAAGAACAAUGGCGAGUUCGCAGCGGGCGUGAAGCAGUCGGCGAAGAUCUCGUUCGACGAGGACGUGGCGCCGACGCGGUCCAGGCUCAAGGCACUGGCGAGCGUCGACAAGAACAACAUGAUGAACCUUGAAGACCGCAUUGGGGAAAUGCCCGAUUCAAAUAUUAAGAUAGAAGAAUUAGGUGCAGUGGAGUGCGACGCGGAUGCAGAUAGCGGACGCGGCGAUAGCUCGCUCGCGUCAGAGCUGAAGGACGAAGAACUACCAGAACACUUGACUUUGGGCCGCGAAUUUACGUUCCGUGUCACCGUGCUACAGGCGCAUGCCGUCUCCACUGACUAUGCCGACGUAUUCUGCCAGUUCAACUUCCUUCAUCGUAACGAAGAUGCAUUCUCUACAGAGCCUGUCAAGAACGCCGGGAAGAACACACCGCUUGGCUUUUAUCACGUACAGAAUAUCACAGUUCCGAUAACAAAAUCAUUUGUCGAAUAUAUAAAAACACAACCGAUUGUUUUCGAAGUCUUCGGACACUACCAGCAACAUCCUCUUCAUAAGGACGCCAAACAAGAUGGCGUUGUAGGUCGCACGCCGCCCCGUCGCAUGCUGCCGCCCAGCAUCCCGAUCUCCGCGCCCGUACGCAGUCCUAAAUGGGGAGCCGCCGCCGUGGCACCACCUUGCUGCUCCUCGCAUCUGCACUCCAAACACGACCUUCUUGUUUGGUUCGAGAUUUGCGAACUCGCACCCAACGGAGAAUAUGUGCCAGCGGUGGUGGAGCACAGUGACGACCUGCCCUGUCGCGGCCUGUUCGUCUUGCACCAAGGCAUCCAGCGCCGAAUCCGCAUCACGAUCCUCCACGAACCCUCGCAGAACCUCGUCUGGAGCGAUGUCCGUGAGCUGGUUGUUGGCCGGAUUCGCAACACUCCAGAGGCCAACGAAGACACAACAGACGGCGACGAAGACGGCGCACUGUCACUCGGCUUGUUCCCCGGAGAACGACCUACGCUUGAUGACAGGGCUGUAUUCAGAUUCGAAGCAGCCUGGGACAGCAGCUUGCACGGGUCACCGAUGCUGAACAGGGUCAGCCAGAACGGAGAAGUUGUCUACAUCACACUGAGUGCUUAUCUUGAGGUGGAGAACUGCAGCCGUCCGGCUAUAGUCACAAAGGAUCUGUCCGUCGUGGUGGUAGGCCGCGAUGCGCGUUCGAGCCGCUCGCUGCGCCGCGCGCUCUUCGGUUCGCGAGCCGCAAAGGCUGACCACCUCACUGGGGUAUAUGAGCUCAGUCUGCACAGGGCGCUUGAACCAGGAGUGCAAAGACGCCAGAGACGAGUUUUGGACACCAGCGGCACGUACGUGCGCGGUGAAGAGAACCUGCACGGUUGGAGGCCGCGCGGAGACUCGCUCAUCUUCGAUCACCAGUGGGAGCUGGAGAAGAUGACGCGUUUAGAGCAGGUUGGACGCACACGGCACUUCCUCUCGCUGCGCGAGCGCCUGCGCCAUGGUCACGAGAACACUGUGGCACCCAAUGACUUUACUAAGACAGAGAAGGAGGUAAGCAACAUGGCGGCCAAGGCGGCGGCAGAAUGCGCGCACGCAACGCGCGACGAGUCGGUCUACGAGCCGUGGGAGAUGACGCCACGAGAGAAGGAGGUCGCCACUAAAUACAUCAAACUCAUACAGGGAAGAAUAGGAACAACGGGCAAAGAGGUGGAGACGGCAGUGUCUCCAGCUACGCCAGUGGACGAAGGCGUCUCUGCAGAUAUCUCCACUCCCAGUCUGCUCUCGUCCAUACACAGCGCUAGCAGCAUAGAGUUGUGUUCCCCGGAGCGUCUUCUCCUCGAGAAACAGAUGGCUGCGUGGGGCGGAGUGAGUGGAGCCGCAGGUGGUGCAUUGUACGUACCCGAGUGCGAGGAAGUUCGCGUCUCGGCCGCUGUGGCUCGCCGCGGAUAUCUCAACGUGCUGCAGCACGGCACACACGGAUGGAAGAAACGCUGGCUGGUGGUACGGCGACCAUACGUAUUUAUCUACCGCGACGAGCGCGAUCCCAUCGAACGCGCCGUCAUCAACCUCGCCAACGCGCACGUCGAAUACUCCGAAGACCAGGAGCAGAUGGUGCGCAUGCCCAACACAUUCAGUGUGGUGAGCAAGGAACGUGGCUACCUUCUGCAGACACUAGGCGACAAAGAGGUUCAUGACUGGCUGUACGCCAUCAAUCCAUUGCUCGCUGGACAAAUUAGGUGUGUGCACACAGGUCGCGGUCAGCGCGGCGCGGCGCGGGCGGUGCCAUCGCGGCCGGCGACCGCACUGCGCAAGAAGCAUGAGACAACCUCACAAUGGAGUCUAUCCUCGUUUUUUAAAUGCGUCACAGACGCCGGCAGUCUAACCGCGCACAGGGCGUUACACACCGCGCAUCCGAUGCCCAGGUAUUGAAACACCUCUAAACGUUGAUACGAGAUCACUGACUAAUGUGCGAUCACCCUUAAUAGAUGUCGAAUUUCGGGUCCGAUGUUUAAGAAAUGUAGUGGGUAUACAAUAAUCUACACAUACAAUGUAAUACUUCGUUUAAUAAUUUUUGACGAUGAUCGAACUUCGUGACAUUGUUAUAUUCAUAUUUGUGUAGUUUGGAUUGAAAGUUCACAAUACCAAUCUAAUUCGAAAACAAUACACGACUGUAUUGUUGAAUCUGGUUAAUGACUUGCGACAAAAUAUCAUCAGUUGUCUGCAUAAAGGAGCAGUAUCUGUGGCUGGUUUGGUGGGAUGUAGCUGUCAACCAAAGACCAGGGAAUUUUGGAAACCCUGGUAAAUGUGAAUGAGCUUCACCCAUAUUAUCAUAGUGCAAUAGCAAUCACUAAAUGCGAAAAUUAAACAUAGAAUCAAUUACUUUAGCAUAUCUCUGAUGUUUAGCAGUAUUAUCGAAACCAAAUGCAUUAAAUGCAAAAUACGAUUUAUACGUAAAUAAUAUUAUCUAUAAUGUGUCGUUAUAUUGUUUUAAUUCGAGAAUUUUAACAAUCGAAGGUCGUAAUGAGUAGAUGGGACCAAACCGGUGCACCGAACACGGAAGAACGGGGUAAAUAGAAAAUAUUUACAGAGAAAAAUUGAAAAAUACAGAACAAUAAUGUAUGAUUAGAGAAAAAAUGAGGCUGUUUCAAUAUUUAUAAAGGAUGCCCGAUGUUUAUCCCCUUUUUAUUUAGUGUAUAUUUAUGUAACGCAUUAGACAAUGUAAGGUCUACAGACCAUUGUAACGUAAACCAAAGUUUGUAACGAACCGCAUGGAGUCAAGAUGGUUUGGCUUAAGUUGCAAUAUCUAUAGUUGUCUUUACGGAUUUUUACAUCUAUAUGUAUUUGUAUAGUUUUUGUCUUGUAACAAUAUUCGUAUGAGAAUGUAACUGGUGGAAUAAGAUUGUAAUAAUUUUUACGCAAUAAAUUGUAAAUGUCUAAUGAUAGCUGCGCACAAAUGUAACAUGUCGGCGGUGUUCCAUAGACUCCAUUUUGUAAGGCGAAAUAUAAGAAUUUAAUGUGAAUGUGAGGAGACAAAUUACUGAAAAUACUUAUUAAAGAUUUUCUUCUGAUGUUGGAUACAUUUAUUAAUGUAAUUUACCUUGUAUAUACGUAUGACCCGAACGGUAGAGUAUAUAUAUGUUGAGGCUCAAAGGCCAAUUUCUAAGAUGUGGCCGUAGUCCGUAUAACGUCAUACGUAAAGUUACUUCUCACAUUAGUAUCGAUUGUAAAUACAUAAUUAUAAACCAAGUAGUUAAUGUAGACUACGCGUUCAAAAGAAAUAUAACAAUUGUACGCUGAUAUUUUGUAGUUCCAGGUUUAUUUAGAUGUUAUUUUUUAUGUUGUAACAAACGUAUUUUUUUUCUAAUUUUAAAUAAUUUGAAUGAAUUGUAUAAAGUAGGUUAAUGUGGUGUUACCGAUGUAGUGUAUUAAUUCCAGAUUUUUUUCAGGACGAGCGAUGAACAAGCUACUCUUGGAUCACUAGUAUACUAUCGACAUACUCUUAAGAAUACAAAAGGUACAAAAAUUUGCCUCUUUAGUGGGGUAACUUAACACCUUUAAACGCUUUUAUACUAGUGAACACAGGGGUACAUUCCGCGUCUAGUCAUGUCCUCGCAUUGUAUGUUACAUAGUAUGUGAUAGAGGUAGCUACAUACGUUAUUACAAUACAUGCUGUGCCGCGAACAAUCACCACGUAGUAUGUUAAUUAUUCACAUUCACCGGUCCAUUGUCACUUAGUAUUUGUACUGAAAUACAUUUAUUGUCCAUCGGGGUAAAUUCGUCUACCGUUUUGUUAUUUUUUUUUAAUUGGCAGAAAACGGUCAUUAACACUGCUGCCCUGUGGUGUCAGAAAUGGGCAACAGUUGUUAAAAUGUGACAAUUUUCUUUACUUUUGAAGAAUACUAUUUUACCCCGGUUGACCGUAUGACAUUGUAGGUAGAUAAUUGAUGUGAGGCUAGUUUUAUAUGGAUGACAUUCCGUUGUCUUUCUUUUGAUAUCAACAGUCUGUUGUAAGUCCAAAACAAUUCUUAAUCUCGUUACCGCUUCAAUAAAUGUUGAAUAUAAUAAUUGUCACUAUUACUGUCGCUUUUAGGUGACUAUUUUCAAAUUCAUUCGGAAUUUAACGAGCGAAAAUAGAUGUAUUGAUUAUCGGCAAAUUAUAAGCUUAUGUGACUAGUCUUCAUGUAAAUAACUUCUAGUUCAUUUGGUACUUACAUGAGUUGCAGUUAAAAUAAAAAUUGCUUUCUUGAAAUGUCCAGUCACCAGCUUAAUACACUGAUGUAGACUAUACUCUGCUACACUAGAGAAUAUCCUGAUAAUAAUAUAGUCUAGAAUAAAAUAGAUGUAAGAUCAAAAAAGUAUUAUCCAAAAUUUAGACAUGCUGUGUGUGUGACAUUUAUAAUGUUCUUUGAAUUUGGAAUGGGAUUAUUAUCGGGUACUCCAUCAGGUUAAUUGC